AUGUUUGAUAGAUUUAGCAAUACCACAACAACUAUCAACCGAAGCGACUCGGAUACUAGCGAAGGCAAAGCAAAUGGGCAAGAAGUGUGUUCAGACAAGCAGAACGAAGGCGAUUAUAUAAUGAAUUGCAAAGACUGUAGUAAAUUAUCUGUAGAAGUAGCAGAAAUAAAAUUGGACUUGGCUUUACUAUUCCUAAAAGUUAAUACUGCUGAGGCGCCGGAUACAUGUGAAUGCGAUCGGCUACGAGGCGAAAAUCAGCUAUUGAAAGAAGAAAUUAAACUACUCAAGGAAACACUGCAAGGCAUGGAAUUGUCAAAAUCGCCAAUUAACAUCGCUUUCGAUAAUAUGAAUAAUCAACCAACCGUCACAGACAAUGACUCUGUCGUGCUAAUUGAUAUAGAAGAAUCCGAAGUGAACGUAAACACUAGUAUAAAUAAUUUACUAUCUGCAAUAGACAAUGACAAACAAUAUAAUACCCGAGGGCCAGUUGUUAAUGACUCUCUUAUGAAAUAUAGCAAUCCCAAUAAACCAGUUAGUCAUGCUGAUGAACCAGUCGUCCAUGACUCCCUGACCUCAUUUGACCAUCUCCUAAAAGAAAAGGCCGCUCUAAAUGCCAGCACGCACCGUCAUAAGAGGAAUCAAGUGUAUAGUUCUCUAACUAACACAACACGUUUUUCGAAACCUAAUUACCGGCGCAAUCAGUUUUCCAAGCCUAAAUAUCAAUAUCGUCAAACAAAUUUUCCCUCAAAGAAUUUUCGAAGCGUCGCUAUCGAAGGAUUCCGAAACCAAGAACAACAACCGCAGUAAGUACAGACACAAGAGCAAGCCAAUUCAACCCGAUAUUCAAAGUGAAACCUUUCCAAUCAAAGUCAGAGUUACAGCUCGGAGAAACGAAGUCCUGGGAAGCCUACCUACAGUUCGUCAACCGCACCUUGGACCAGUUUGGAACCCUCGUUUAGGCGCAAUCCAACGGACAUGUGAUAAUCAUACCUCUCAGAGGAAGGUAAAUUUUAACAAUUUAAUUAACAUUAAAACUAAUACAAACUCUCUCCCCCCCAUUGGAAAGCGCUGCCUGCCCAACCUUCUCAUUUCCAAUGUGCGCUCAAUUGCCUCUAAGAUAGAUGAAUUAAGUGUCGUUGUUUCCAUCAACCAAAUCGACAUUGUGUGUAUUACUGAGACUUGGCUUUCCUCUACGAUUCCCGACUCGGCAAUAUCUCUUCCAAAUUUUAAUAUUAUUAGAAAUGAUCGCUCUUCAUCUUGUGGAGGUGGAGUGUGCAUUUUUAUAAACAACAGUAUAUAUUGUCAACGCCUAACUGCUUUUGAAGAUCCUACAGUUGAGUCCUUGUGGCUCCUCGUUAGACCCACAUGGCUCCCCCGCUCGACUUCAGUUAUACUAUUGGCUGUAAUCUACCACUCCAAUCAGCUGGCCACACCGACAAUGUAAACCUUUAUUCUCAUAUCCAAACCAAUGUUGAUACUUUCAUGCAAUCACAUCCUGAUGCCCUUGUUUUAAUCACAGGAGACUUCAAUUAUAGGAGUACUGGUUUCAACGCAAAAUAUAUCCAAAGAUCAAUUGGCCUUUUCCAAAUAAUUAAGGUGCAUACUAGAGAUAAUGUAACCUUAGACUGGUGCCUAACUAACCGCAAUGAUAGCUUAUACGAUCCUAUCAAAUUUCCACCUCUAGGAAACAGUGAUCAUAACAUGGUUUGUUUAAAAUCCCUAAAUCCCCCUUUAAAACCUGAUAAAGUUAAGGUAUGGAAGCGGGACCUUAGGGAAAGCUCGUUACAACCUUUUGGCCGCUGGAUAACUUCAUUUGAUUGGUCAGAUGUUUUUACUACAAAUGCGUGCGAAGAUAAAUAUGGAAAAUUUAAUGACAUAAUGAGUGAUAUGAUUGAUAUUUUACUCCCUUUGAAAAGAACUAAAGUAACUAAAUGUGACAAACCAUGGCUGACGUCAUCAAUAAAAGAGUUAAUUAUAAAACGUCAAAAAGCUCUCCAUUAUUAUGGGAAAAAUUCUGAUGCGUAUAAACUCUGGCGAAACCAAGUCCAGCAAUCAAUUAAAUCGGCCCGAUUUAAGUAUUAUGCCCAAUCAGUUGAGAAACUAAAAACUUCCAAUCCCUCAAGAUGGUGGAAACAAAUUAAGUCGUUGGGUGGUAUAUCUUCCAAAAGUUGUUGGUAUAAUCAACUACUUUCUAAUGAUAUUCCUAAUUGCCAUGACUUGGCUGAAGUAUUUAACUGUUUCCUUUCCGGUCUUACAUCACAUUUUACUCCUUUAACACGCGAGGAAGAACAAUUGGAUUUCAAUGUACCAGGUGAAUACCUCAUCGACGCUAAUAAAGUGUACAAUGAACUCCGCAAAAUUAAAACCAAUAAAAGCCCUGGUCCAGAUAUGAUACCUAACAAAAUUUUGAAAGUCUUUGCAUAUGAACUUGCUCCAGUUAUUACGGACAUUUACAAUUCGUCUAUCAUUCAGGGCGUGUUUCCGAUGAACCUCAAACGGUCUAUUGUAGUUCCAAUCCCUAAAGUCUCACUACCUCAAAGCGUGGAGGACGAUCUAAGACCCAUAUCAUUAACGUCCCAAAUUUCUAAGGUCAUGGAGGGGUUCACCUUGACAAAAUUAUUUGCCCAAAUUGAGAGUAAAUUGGACACGAAGCAGUUUGCGUUACCAGGGAAAUCUACGACUCACGCCCUAACAUACCUCCUGCACACCAUUUUGUCUUCCCUUGAGAACACUUCCUGCUCCGCUAGAUUGUUUUUUGUAGACUUUAAAAAGGGGUUCGAUCUUGUUGAUCAUAAUGUCAUAAUAUGCGAGCUGGAAAAUCUUGGUGUACAUCCUGCCAUAGUGAGGUGGAUAAAAGCUUUUCUUAGCAACCGUGAACAGUGUGUGCGAAUUGAAAACUCAUACUCGUCGUGGAAGAAAACAAACGGUGGUCUACCACAAGGAACAAAACUAGGCCCGCUACUUUUUGCAGUCCUUGUAAAUUCUUUGCUCAAGGAUUGGCCUGGGAGAGUCAAAUUUGUCGACGAUACUACGGUCUUGGAAAUAAUUCCACGAUGUUCACCCAGCUUCCUACCAAUUAUCGUGGACCAAAUAUCCGAUUAUGCAAACGAACGAGGAAUGAGACUAAAUCCAAAGAAAUGCAAAGAUAUGGUUAUUACGUUUCUUAAGUAUAAACUGGUAGAAAAUGACAUUUUUAUAGGCGGCGAUGUGGUGGAGAGAGUCUCCAGUUUUAAACUACUAGGCGUGUGGUUGACUAACAAUCUUUCGUGGGAUAUACACGUAGAUAAAAUUUUAAAGAAAGCGAAUUCACGCAUCUAUGCUUUACGCCUAUUAAAGAAAGCUGGAUUGAGCCCUUUAAACAUUGUUCAUAUUUAUUGUGCAGUUAUAAGAUCCCAGUUGGAGUAUGCAUCACCAGUUUGGUCCGCUCUUCCAAAGACAUUAUCAGACCUUAUUGAGUCGGUGCAAAAAAGAGCUUUAAAAAUCGCGUAUCCCCAUCUAUCUUAUGAUGAAGCAUUACACAAAAGUAACAUUAAACUACUGAGUACAAGAAGAGAAGAAGCAUGUAGGAAAUUAAUUAACUCACUUCGAGACCAAGAUUCGCCACACACCCCUUUAACUGCAAUAGUUAAAUCCGGUCUACCAGACCGAACUCAUAAUUAUGAUCUGCGUAAUAAUAAUCCGCAACUCUUACCGAUUAUGUCUGAACGGUUAAAGAACUUUUUUACCAUUAAAUAUAGUUAACAUUUUAUUAAUACAUUUUUAUAAUAGGUAGUUAAUAAUAAGUAUAUAACAUUGUUAACGUAA